AUGCGUCAUGAACUACUAGAGUCCUUGGAGGACAAGAUCUUGUAUCGGCAGCAAAGCUCGGUCAAAGCGGGGCAGAUUCGCCGGUUCAAGAUCAAUUUCACGCCUCAUGCUGAGGGAGACGAGGUGGUAAUGCCCCCUACCCUCUGGGUCAAGAUCAAGAAUACUGAACCUGUAUCGAAACGAGCGAUUUAUUUAGGUACGUGAUCAUCCCAUUUCGGGCGCUGCAAAAGACAAACAAAGUGAAUUUCAGAAUUCUUACUGACACGUUUUCAACAACUUUUCAGCUGGCCCCUACAUCUUAUACGUUGACUGCCGGCUGCUGGAUUAUGACCCCAGUGUCAAGUACUUUGUCACCGCGGAUCAGCCGGCGUUUGAACCGCAAUUGCUCGCAGGGCAGAGUUUUUAUGUCCAAUUAUCAUGCCACACGCUAAAAUCGGACUAUUCCUGGAUUGUCGAUGUUGUCUCUCAAAUCAUCUUUAACAACACCAUUUCGAUCAAUUUCGAAAUCACCGUGGGCACGUCGAAGCAGAUUUUGCACGAUGCCUCAACCACGGAGGGUGCGAAAAUCAUGAAUUCAGACAAGUUGGGCACGUUCCACCCUUUGUUGCAUGUGACGGAAUGGGACACCCACGAUUUGUGGAACUUGCCUCUGCCUCAAUUGGGUAAACCUAAACAUUUGGUUGUAUUUACGCAUGGGCUACACUCUAACGCCAGCGUUGAUAUGUUGUAUUUGAAAGAGCAAAUUGAUGAGAUUGUCAAGGGUUCCAGUGGUGACGCGGUAGAGAACGAAGAGGUGAUUGUCAAGGCCUUUUUUGGCAAUAUUGCCAAAACAGAGCGAGGCAUCAAGUAUUUGGGUAGCAGGGUUGCUGAAUACAUAGUCCUGCUCGUUACAGAGGACGAGGUGUUUAACAACGGCCAAGUCUCCAAGAUCUCAUUUGUUGGCCACUCGCUAGGUGGUUGCGUGCAAACUUUUGCCAUUGCCUACUUGCGACUGAAUUUCCCUUGGUUUUUCGAAAAGAUUAAACCAAUCAAUUUCAUUGCUAUAGCUUCACCGUUACUCGGUGUUGUCAAUGAAAACCCACUCUAUGUCAAGAUGGUGUUGAGUGCUGGGUUUCUCGGUAAAGCAGGACAAGAGUUGGGUCUCAAGUUGGUGGAAAAUGAAUCAAAACCUUUAUUGUUGUUGCUCCCCACGGGGCUUGCUCAUCGUAUACUCAAAAGAUUCAAAAGACGAACCGUUUAUGCCAAUGCUACAAAUGACGGAAUCGUGCCACUUCGUACGUCUGCGUUAUUGUUUCUCGAUUAUAAAGGUUUAGCAACGCUUUUAAACUCCAACCAGAUUGAAAAUAUCGAGUCCACGGGUAAAGUGCCCAAGGCAAUGGAAGAAGAUAACUUGUUUUCACCAGUGCAGGCGUUUCUUUCCUAUUUCAUGCCUCAAAAGCAAAAAGGCGAUGGUUCGCAGUAUAAGCAUUUCCAAUGCAUGGGGGAAGAAUGCGAUGAUGCGGGCCAUGAGAAAGAAGGUGUUAUGGAUGGGAUUCCCAGUCUGACAUUUUUGGACAGUGCAGCUGCGUUGGUGUUGCCACCGAUGCCAUCAAUGAAGUAUAUUGUCGACCCUUCGAGCCGUGAAAAUGUGAUUUUACACGAUAAAGUGUAUUUCGAGACUGACUUGCCACGAAGAAGACUCAACAGUGCAACCACCGCCACCACUACCACCACUACCAGCAAUAAUGGCACCAGCAUUGACAACAACAACAACAACAACAACGGCAACACCACCGCCCCACCCGCAGCAGCGCAGAAUGGCAGUACAUCGUCAUUGCGCCAAAAGUUGAUUGAGAAAAUCGACUACAGCAAUCUCGAAAGCCUUGAAGAGGAAAUUGCACGCGAGUACCACAAGAGCAUGAGUUGGAGGAAAGUUGUCGUGAAAUUGAAACCAGACGCACACAACAAUAUCAUAGUGAGGCGGCGAUUUGCCAAUGCUUACGGAUGGCCCGUGAUUCAACACUUGGUUGAAACCCAUUUUAGCGAGGAGGCACGACGAGAAGACGAUGCAGGGGAACAAAGACAAGAAUCGCUUACUUCGCUAAGUAGCACCGAUUCACUAGAUGAUGAACCGGGGCUCACCAAGCUUCUCUCGCGUGAUUUGAUGACCAAGGAAAACCACGAGAUUGAUGAAAAUAACCCCGAUGAAGAAGAGUUGCAUUUGAACCACGAGUGGAUCAAUUCAAAAGAUAACGCCGAGAGUUUGUUUGCCUUGGGGGUAACGGGUUUAAUUGGUGAAGUUACUGGUAUCGUUGGAGAUUUCGGGACUCAGCUAUACAACUAUAGCUUCCCCCUGGUUAAAAUACCACUCGUGGGGCAGAUACCGAGGCCUGGGUCAUUGACGUCUCCGCAUGACGCAGGUGGUGAGUUGUACAAUGGCCAUCAUGCCGCAACCCCUGGUAGCAAUAGUAAUAAUAAUAUUGAUGGUGUUGUUGCUGGUGUUAACGGGGAGGAAAACGAUCAAAAGUCCCCUGCUUUGGAAGUGCCUAAUGGAUUGAUGAAUGCGUUCAUCUAG